AUGAAGGAAGAACAAUGGGCACCAGUGAUAGUAAUGUUAAUAUCAAGUGUUGCAAUGGGAUCAGUGAAUGCUCUCGUUAAGAAAGCACUUGAUGUUGGUGUUAAUCAUAUGAUCUUUGGUGCUUAUAGAAUGGUUAUUUCUGCUUUAGUCUUGGUUCCGUUUUCUUACAUUUGGGAGAGGAAAACAAGACCAAAAAUAACGUUCAUGCUUUUGUGCGAACACUUCAUCAGCGGAUUACUUGGGGCAAGUUUGAUGCAAUUUUUCUUUUUGCUUGGACUAUCGUACACGUCAGCAACUGUUUCGAUGGCUCUAGUCAGCACAUUACCCGCGAUUACGUUCGCAUUAGCCCUUAUUUUCAGGAUAGAAAAUGCAAAAAACUUAAAGACCAAAGCAGGUGUGAUCAAGUUAAUAGGAACCCUAAUUUGCGUAAUUGGAGCAAUGUUUUUAACAUUUUACAAAGGUCCACAAAUAUCAAACCCUCACUCUCAUCCAGAGGCUCUUCACAACAACUCAAAUACAUUACACAACAAUGGUCACGAUCAAGCAAAAAGAUGGUUUCUUGGAUGUCUUUUCUUGAUUAUCGGGACCAUAUUAUUGUCUCUAUGGAUGUUGUUUCAAGGAAAGUUAAGUGCUAAGUAUCCAGGCAAUAAGUAUUCAAGUACUUGUCUCAUGUCAGUCUUCGCAGCAUUUCAAUGUGCCUUUUUAAGUCUUUAUAAGAGUAGAGAAGUACAAGACUGGAUCAUCGAUGAAAAAUUCAUCAUCUUUGUCAUCCUUUACGCUGGAAUAGUGGGACAAGCAAUGUCGACAGUGGUGACAUCAUGGUCAAUAAAGAUGACAGGAGCAGUCUUCGUGUCAACAUUCAGCCCAGUCAGUCUCGUCUCUGCUACAUUAUUCGACUUCCUCAUCUUACACUCUCCUUUAUACCUCGGCAGGUUUACGGAGUGA